GGAGGAAGGAGGGAGUGGAGGAAUGUACGCGGACUGUGACGGGACGGCGCACACAACCACUCGUUCCCAAAAGUGGACCGAAAGUGGACUUGGAGGAUUUUUGUUGACUUUAUAGUCGCUUUAUUUGGUGGAGACAACAAGUGGACUUGAUUCGAGUCGCGGACGACUUUCUCCCACUUGAAAAAGUGCGACAUGAUGAGAAGAUGAUGGAACGAAAGAGGGUGAUGACUCAAUCGAAAAGGGAGCCCACUUUUCGGGGGGGACCGCUCGGUUCCACUAGGUUCGUCUCGCACUUGCUGGUCGUCUUGAUGGUCGCCGGUGGUCCAGCGAAGGUGGUCUGCCUGCGAGAUUUGGCGUUCGAGAAACCACUGGCCACCGUCCUCUCGUCCGCGGGCAAACCGGUGAGGCUGGAGUGCUCAUUGUUGGCCACGGUCGCCGAUGACGAGAUUCCGCCCAACGUGUCCUGGCUGAAGGAUGGCGAGCCGCUUCCCUUCGCCGAAUACGACGACUACCAAAUGCCGGUCUUCGGCACGGGCCGCUGGAUUGUACACAGCACCCUCAGGAUUAAAAGCGUCCAACUUUCAGACAUGGGAAACUAUCAGUGCGCAGUCGAUUUGGGAAGCGAGCGGAUUUUGUCCACCAAGGGAAGCAUCCUGCUGGAAGGCCUUCCUCACUUCUCCACCGAGCCGCAGCACAUGUCCGUGGUGGCCAAUGUGCCGCUGAGCCUGCACUGCGUGGCACACGGACCGCCGGAACCCGUCCGAGUCAUCUGGCUUCGGGACGGCGCUCCUCUUAACACUGUGGACGACCCGGUGGCCCUGUCGCCCUCUACGCUCAACAUCACAGGUUUAAACCGGACCAGCAGUUUCUCCUGUGAGGCCCAGAACCGCAAGGGCGUGGCCGCUUCUGGUUCCGGCACUGUUACCGUGCUGCCGUCCGCACCUCACCACCUGAGAGCCGUUAACAUCACGCCCACCAGUCUGCGGUUGUCAUGGCAACCUGGCUUCGGCGGCGAUUACCCGGUCAUCCGCUGCACCAUACAGGUCAAACAUGUGGACGAGUCGUUCCCCGGAGGUUCGGAUGACAUGAUUUGCAACCAGAAUGUGAACGUCCCCGCGCCCGAGUACCAGGCCGAGGACUUGGAGCCCCACAGACGCUACGCCGCCAGGGUGGCGUGUCACAGCAGUCAGGGGCCAUCGCGCUGGACAUCCUGGGUGGAGAUGCGCACGGCGGAAGGAGUGCCCGAGGAGGCGCCGGGCAACGUGACGGCGCUGAGCAACGGCAGCCGAGUGCUGCUGGCGUGGGAGGAGCCGGCGGGGAAGCUCAACGGAGACCUGCGUGGAUACUUGGUGGAGCUGAGCGCGCCCGACGACAAGCAGCUUGUCAUGGAUGCCGGCUUGGACACGGAGCUGUCAAUCAACCUGUCUCUCCCGCUCAGCAACGUGACCUUCAAGGUGUGCGCAUACACGGGAGCAGGGCGAGGACCCUGGAGCCCCACGCAGACUCUGACGCUCGUCUCUCCUGAAUUCCGAGGCCUCUCAUCUCCGCCGGCCUUCUCAUGGCACUGGUGGUACGUGGUGAUGGCUGCCACUGGGGCCGUAGCCUAUGGCGCGCUCAUGGCCGUGUACGUGGCCAAACUGCGGCGUAAGGAGACGAGAUUCGGUGAUGCGUUUGAGCCCAUGAUGCACAGCGGAGAGCUGGUGGUCCGCUACCGGGCGCGACGCUCGUACAGCCGCAGGACUACUGAGGCCACGUUGAACAGUCUGGGCAUCAGCGACGAGCUGAGGCAGAAGCUCCAAGACGUGAUGGUGGACAGACACAAGCUGACGCUGGGCAAGACGCUGGGAGAAGGGGAGUUCGGCUCCGUGAUGGAGGGUCAGCUAACCCAGGAGGAUUCUGUUCUCCGAGUAGCCGUCAAGACCAUGAAGAUCGCCAUCUGCACGCGUUCGGAAAUGGAGGACUUUCUGCGAGAGGCCACCUGCAUGAAGGAGUUUGACCACGCCAACGUCAUGAGGCUGCUCGGCGUGUGUCUGCAGACGGUGGAGAGUGAAGGCUUCCCGUCGCCCGUGGUCAUCCUGCCCUACAUGAAACAUGGCGACCUGCACACGUACCUGCUCUACUCGCGCCUCGGAGACUGUCCCGUGUACCUCCCGUCCCAGAUGUUGGUGCGCUUCAUGACGGACAUCGCCCGCGGCAUGGAAUACCUCAGCAACAAGAACUUCAUCCACAGAGACCUGGCCGCGCGUAACUGCAUGCUGAACGAGAACAUGAACGUGUGCGUGGCCGACUUCGGCCUCUCCAAGAAGAUCUACAAUGGCGACUACUACCGGCAGGGGCGCAUCUCCAAGAUGCCCGUCAAGUGGAUCGCCAUCGAGAGCUUGGCCGACCGAGUCUACACCACCAAGAGCGACGUGUGGUCAUUUGGCGUCACCAUGUGGGAAAUCGCCACCAGGGGGCAGACGCCGUACCCCGGGGUGGAGAACAGCGAGAUCUACGAUUAUUUGAGACAGGGAAACCGUCUCAAGCAGCCUCCAGACUGCCUGGAUAACAUCUACGCUCUGAUGUUCUCCUGCUGGUUGCUGAGUCCCAAAGAUCGUCCACCCUUCGAGUCGCUUCGCUGCGAACUGGAAAAAGCCCUCGACGACCUGCCCGACACCCAGGACCCGGACGAGAUCCUUUACGUCAACAUGGAGGAUUCCUCCAUGGAACUGGGGGCCGGCUCCCUGGAGAGUCUGGACGCUCCCUUGCCUUUCUCGGCCGCCACUCUGCCCCUGCGCUAUUCUCGACACGCCGCAACAGACGUGACUGGUGCGUCGACACCCGACAUCACCCGGGCGGCCACGCCCGCCAUGGUGCCGUUGGACGAACGCGAGUUGACCCAUAAGGUCGGCUGGCAGUGAUGAGCACAAUAGGACUGAACCAUACCCACUAAGUCAGGGAAUGGAACCUCCUUAUACUGUCUGUGUUUGCGAACAGUUUGCACACACACACACACACACACACACACACACACACACACACACACACACACACACACACACACACACACACACACGAAGGCAUUCCACGAUAUACGUCAUUGAAAAGAAUGUAUUGCCAAUGUUAUCUUCAUUUUUAGUCAAAACACACAAGAAAUUUAUGCCAGUGUGUAGUUAGUGUCUCACCUAAAAUAUGGUUCGCCCUAAUAUUUUUUGGGGGGGUGGGGAAUUUGGUACUCCUUUUUUCUUCCAUUUUCCACAUAAUGUAGACUUACUUGAAUGCAUUCCAGGAUGACUCCAGUGACUAGGAUGCAUCUCCAAAAUUUUCUUUUUUUUUCCAAAACAACAAAAAGAACAACGUACCAGUACAAAGUAUUUACUGUCCAGCCUGUAGCGUGCUAGUUUUUGUUGUUCUUAGCCAACAAAAACAAAAGAAACAUCCCAAAUGCAGUUUUUCCAUUUUCCACACACACAAAACCCUGACGGCAUUCCACUGCGCAUAAAAAGCAUGCAUAACCAAAAUUGGAUAAUUUUUCAUUCGUCACCUUUUUUCUUGCAUGUAUCCACCGCAAAAACAAAUAAUUUGGAGUUAACAUUGAUUUUUCGUUUACACAUAUACGCGCGCUGUCCAACAAAAAGCAUGUACCUCCGCAAAUUUUCAUUUUCUUGGCAGUUUACUUAAAAAGUAAUAGCUCACAAAAUGUGGCAAUACUUGCUUUUCAUUGGACAGUGAUAAAAUGAAGCAAAACCCAUUUUCUCUUGUUCCCUUCUCCCUAUUCCCCUAAAAGUUUGGUUGUGGACAAUUUGGCAUACGAAUGCAUCGCCACGGCAACUCCUACGGGCGAGGAAACUCCCCUCCACUGAUGAUCUCCCAAAACGGGAGAAAUAGUAAUAUACAAUAACACUGCCAGGACUCCUUAAAGCCUUUGCUCCGCAGAGGUACCAAACAGUCCAAUGUCCGAAUUAUCUGAGGCGGACUUUAAAAAAAAAAA